GAAACUAUGAGCUCUGUUGUAUUGUUUGCAGUCUCAUUUAUUCUUGUUCUAAGCUGGAUAGCUGAGGGCUACAGAGAUCGCCAAAACUAUGUAAUUUCAGUGGAGGAGAAGAUGGACCUGCUGGAGAAAGAUAGAGAACUCAUUAUCGUACUCGAUAGUUAUGCAACUGAGCUGAAUGAAAAAAUCAUCAUGUUGAAAAGAAUAGUUAAGGAGUUUAAACAGCCUUUAGAAAAGGCUAAAAACAGGGAGGAGGAGUACUUGUCCAAUCCCAUAGACAGCUUAUCCCUCAUGAGGCAGAUGCACGAGGAUUGGGAAAAGGUGGAGAAGCUCUUAAAGAAGCCAGUGGGGCAAGAGAAAAUUGCAUUAGUCGAGAAAAUGCGAGAGGAUCUCCCGGUGGAAAACGAUCUGAUGGAGGCCAAUCAAGCCAUGUUUCGUAUACUACAUACAUAUGAUUUGGAGCCAAAGGAUGUGUCUGCAGGCUGGAUUGAUGGAGUUCAAUAUGGUGGUAAGAUGUCUGCCAGUGAUUGCUUUACCAUGGGAACGUUCUCCUUCAUGGCGGGUAGCUACCAAAUUGCCUCCAAGUGGCUGAGUGCAGCCAAGGAUUUGUUGGUGGAUCAACCACGUAAAUACCAUGAGGUGAUGGGGAUCACCAAGGCGGAUGUUACAUUGCUACUCGCUCGCUCUCUAAUAGCCAGUGGCAAUGUAUCCAUCGCAACCGACAUGCUGAUGCGGGAUUUCAUGUUUGGUGAAGCUGGUAGUGCACUCACUGUACACUUUUUGAGGAACAAACCAAAGCCAAGUAUUAACUUGGAGUCCUGGGAAUCCGAUGAAUCCUUCAAUCAACUCUGUCGAUCCUCGAGCAGAAGACAGAUGGGUGAAUCCAAGCCCUCGAGGCUUCACUGUCGCUAUAAUACCAUUACUACGCCCUUCUUGAAACUAGCCCCAUUUCGAAUGGAAGAACUUUCUUUGGAUCCGUAUGUGAUUUUUUAUCACAAUGUUCUAAGUGAUGCUGAGAUUGAAAAGCUGAAGCCGAUGGGCAAGCCAUUCCUGGAGCGUGCGAAAGUAUUUCGAGUGGAAAAGGGCUCUGAUGAAAUAGAUCCCAGUAGAUCAGCAGAUGGCGCUUGGCUUCCUCACCAAAACAUCGAUCCUGAUGAUCUGGAGGUUUUAAACCGCAUUGGACGAAGAAUCGAAGACAUGACGGGUCUAAAUACUCGCAGUGGAAGCAAAAUGCAGUUUCUCAAGUAUGGCUUCGGGGGUCAUUUUGUGCCACAUUACGACUAUUUCAACUCGAAAACCUUCUCUUUGGAGACGGUAGGCGAUCGAAUCGCCACGGUGCUCUUUUAUCUUAAUAACGUGGACCAUGGUGGAGCCACAGUUUUCCCCAAAUUAAAUCUUGCUGUGCCAACCCAAAAGGGUUCGGCAUUGUUCUGGCACAAUAUAGAUAGAAAGUCCUACGACUACGAUACACGCACUUUCCAUGGCGCAUGUCCUCUGAUAUCUGGCACAAAGUUGGUAAUGACACGCUGGAUUUACGAGCUGGAUCAAAUGUUCCUUAUUCCCGCAGUACUUCCUCCUCGCAGUCGAAACUUUAGCAAAUCACUUCCUAAUCCAUUCUAACUUAUAGUUGUACCCCAAAACAUUUCCUAGUUAUAAACUUAUUUACCCUUUUAGUAUCUUGCUAACUGAUCUGUAUUUAUCAGAAUAGUUUUCCACUCAAUUUUCCCCCCAUACCUUGAACUUCAAUCCGCACUCGAUUCGCUUUCUUGGCCGGCAUUGGUCAUCAGCUCACUGCACCAUUAAGUGGGCAAUUAAAUUCAAUUAGCCGCAGCUCUCCACCUCUCUUCCAAUGAAACUUCCCUGUGGUUCUGGCUGCCAUUUAUCACGCCUGGCUGAAGGUCCUCCUCCUUUUUGGGCGUAAGUCACCCAACCAUUCUCCUCAAGAGUUCUGUGCAAGUUUGCACUUCGAUUUCGAUUGGCGCUGCUAAUAAUUUUCCAGAUUUAUUGUUUGCUCGCAUCCUGUUUGCUUGGCCCUCAAAAGGAAAGUUUUCCAAUUCCAUUGCCUUGCCGACUUGGAUUUCAAUUAAGAUUGAUGGCGUGCACUUUUCUCCUUGCGGAUUGCGCAAUGCAUUUGUCUUGAUUUCACCUUCUCGAAUUGAGUCCUUUCAUCUGCCAGACAACACAUGUAUGCAGGUUUCUCCCCCCAAAAGGUAACAUCGGCAAUUUAUCAAAAUUUGCGCACACCCUGCGGAUGAGUGAUGUGUUUGGAGGGGCAGGAAAGUGACUACAAUUGGCAUGCGUAGUCUGCUGCUUUCAUUUAUUUGUUUUUUUUUUCUCGCCAAGAGCGAUGGCAAAGGUACUUUAUUAAGCUUAGGUACCAGUCGGGUGAUGUGCCUCAUUUAAGAAGUACCUUUGUAAAAUAGUUAAAAGUAGAAGUAGUAAUUAUACAGUAAAUGGUUUAAUACUUGUACUUGUAGUUGUAGUAUACCAACUUGUACCUACCUAUCUAGCCAUGUUGGUGGUACGGCAAUCUCUCGCCAUCUGUACUUGACUUAAAUUGCUUUUUUCAAUGCCGAUGGCUGCUCCUGUAAGGACCUCCCAUCUGCUCCACCAGGUCCUGCUCCUGCACAUCCUGUCACAUGCGGAGCCAAAUGUCAUUUCAGCAAAAUCCCUCAAGUCGUUCGUCUGCCCUUUUUGGUCCUGUGUGCGUAGGAAAACAUUGUGCAAAAUAUGUUGGCAACAUUUUUCUGCGGCUGCUUAAAUUGCAUUGGGAAAUAGGUUGGGGAGCCACACGAAAGACAAUGAGCUUGUGUUUCUGUGGUGAAAGGUGCAUUUGUUACAUCCGGCGAAUUUCUGCAUAUGAUUUUGGGUAUCACGAGUUUUGUUGAUUGUAGUCUUAUAUAACUCAUUGUAGUGGAAAUAUUCGAUAACAUAUAUAUUUUAUAGGCACAGUCUGAAGUUUUUUAAAUAUUUUAAACUUCUAAGGGAUUUUUCGUAUCUUAUCUCAGAGAUAGAUCUACAAGCAAAAAUCCUUAAAGGGAUUUGCUUUCAUCCUCCGCUUGUUGCUCUUGUUCUAAUAAAAUUAAAAUGCCAACCAUUUGCACUCAACGGCAACUUUCCUGAAAUGCGAUACUCUGAAGUCAAAUCUCCGGAACUUCGUCUCCGUUGACUGUUAAAAAAUUAGCAACAAUUUUUCAGCAUCGCAUCAAAACGCGCCCGACUGUCAACCGCAACCCGGGAUGAAUCCACCCCCUUGGAGUGCGGGAGUCCUUGGAAUCCCAAUCCAAGUGCCACUUAUCAAGGAGCUGACUUACUUCCAGCUACACCUUGUUACACCCCUGCUCGGAAAACCGCGCACUUUGUCAUCUGGGAACAUCUCCUCUUCCAUCCGAGGGGUAAUUUGAUAUGCUGUGGCUUACAUUUUUUAUCCACCAUUACCACAAAACGAUUUACUUCCGCGUGGCAAUUUGCUUUAAAUUUUUAUUUAAACAACAAUUUGUCGAGUGCAGAUUGAGAUUUCCGCUGGAAGAUUUGUUUGUGCAAAAAGAGAACGUGGAUUGUCGGAGGGGGGAAGGGGAAAUGGAAAACGUUUCCCACAUUGCCAACUCAUCGAUGCACCUUCAACGUGGCCUUCGCUUCAAGGAUCUGUGGCUGCAAAGGACGCUCGACAAAUUAAUUUACUCUAGACUGCGGAGACAGUUGGGCGUGGUCCUGUCCCUGCUCCUUGAUGAGUGUCCUUCGUUCUCGCCAAGGAUCUCGCUCUAACAAUUGAAUACUCUUUUUGAGAGCAUUCCCGAUAAAUGCUAAAGGAAAUAAAGGAAAGAUAUAUAAUUUAACAUUAUAACUUAACCAGGAUUGUAAAUUAUUUAUGAAUGUAUUAGGUAGAAAUUUAAGAAAAAUUACAGCUGUGAGUGUAUUUAAUCUCU